AUGGUACGAGCGGGCAAGCGCCAAAACACUCAACCUCUGGAGGAGACCUCUGUAGCCCCCGCAACUUUCACCGAUGGCCUCCCCCUCCCCAAACUGAUCGUAUUCGACCUGGACUACACCCUAUGGCCAUUCUGGGUCGACACGCACGUCAGUGCUCCCGUCAAGGCGCGCGACAACAAUUCCCGUAUCGUUGACCGAUGGGGUGAAUCCUUCGCUUUCUACCCAGCCGUCUCCUCCAUUCUCUACGCCUGCAAGAGCCGUUCAAUCCCUAUGGCCCUGGCCUCGCGUACCCAUACCCCCGAUUUAGCGCGCGAUCUGCUCAAAGCGCUGCACGUCAUCCCGACCUUCUCGGAUAACCCUGGUGCCAACACCCGUACUACUCGCGCAUUGGAUUACUUCGAAUUUAUUCAGAUUUUCCCAGCCAAUAAGACACAGCAUUUCUCGAAGAUUCAGCAGGCUAGUGGGUUUGAGUAUGAGGAGAUGCUUUUCUUUGACGAUGAGGCGCGGAACCGGAAUGUCGAGACGGAGUUGGGGGUUACAUUCUGUUUGGUUCGGGAUGGUAUGACACGCGAGGAAGUUGAUCGGGGUGUUUGGGCAUGGAGGAAGAGAAAUGGGAUCAAGCAGAAGAUAGAGGAAGAGCAGUGA